GUCUGCGCUGAGCUGAAAUAUCAUCCGAGGAUUAAAACUUCAACUAACUCACCUCUGAGCACAUUAACAGGUGUUGUAUGAGAUGAGGUCAAGGCUCUGUACAGGCCAGUCAGGUUCUUCCACACCAGAUUGGAGGAGGAACCCCACAGGACUAUAAAAUGGACUGGUUCCACUGUAACCAGUGCUUCACAAGGAGAGGGUCGAGGUUUGCUGUGUCCAGCUGUGGCCACAUCUGCUGUGAAGCAUGCAUUAAAUCUAAGCAGUGCAGUGUGUGUGGGGCCAGCUGCAGUUACUUGCCCAUCACAGAUGAGAUGAAGCCACAGGAAAAGGUGUUUUUCAAGGACCCCGUGAAGCUCAUCCAGUCACGGCUGGAGCACAUUUCACAGAUUGCCCUUUUUCAGCGGACACAGACGGAGAGAGUCACGGCGCACUUCCAGCAUAAGUCUGUUGAACUGGAACGACGUCUGAAGGAAGUCACUGAGCAGGGUUACAGGCAACUCUCUGAGCUGAAAAGAGAGAACGCUGAGUUAAAAAAGCAGCUUUCAGAGCUGAAAAGAGAAACUGCUGAUUUGAAAAAGCCACUUUCUCAGCGGAGGGUUUCUCCAGGACAGUUUCAUACAAAUGGAACUCAACGGAUGUCCCUCCCUGUGGCUAUCACCUCUCCAGUUACCCCUCGUUCAAGAACCAUGAGUUACUUUGGCUCAGCAGAGUCUCACGGGUUGGCCAGAGACAGAGGUCCCAGUCUGUCCUCCCUCACAACACCUGGAUCGGCAACCUCUAUUUCCAGCCACAGUUCUCUCCAUGAAUACCUUCACAGAACACCCACAUCCUUUAGCACUCCUACAAGAAUUCAGCGUCAGACACCUAAUGUUUUCCCGUUCCAGUUUAUUAAUGGAUUAUCAAUACAUUCACCCAGACAUUAAUGAAAUGGCCUCUAUCAGUUAUUAAGGAGUGUGUAGCCAUAUGUUUGUUUAAUUUCUCUUGACACCAAUGAUUUAAUGUAAAGUACUUGAAACCGUUCGGUUUACAUGGAUGUUGUUACCAUGCAGUUCCUCUGUUGAUGGAUUUAUCUGCCAAUUGUGUUAUUGAUCAUUGGUUGACUAAUGGCCCUCCAUUUAUUUCUGGCAAUACAUUUCUUUAGCAACAAUUUAUAUUACCACCAUUUCUGCAGAGAAUUUACAUAUAAUGAAAAAAUAAAUGUGAUCUGUCCGAACCAGUCGCAGUCAUUACAGCACACACACAAAAAACAUGGCUUACACACAUGAUUAGAAAGACAAAUCCUUUACUGGUUUCCAGUGACACAAUUGUGCAAAUAAAGGAUUUUUUUUUUUUUUUUUCAUACAUGGAAGACAUCGGCAAAGGAAAACACUAAGCAUUAUGGACAUCUCCCCACAGCAUGACACUUGCAUUAACUUUUCAUUACUAAAAGAAUGACCGAACACAGCGACGGACACUGCUUUAUCGACAUUCUGCUCAUCUAACGUAUAUCCAGACUUUCCUAAUGAACUGAACUCUGCCCACUUCGCCCCCCCCCCUAAGUCUACUAAGAUGUACUUUAAAAUGUG